AUGUACCAGAUCAACAAGACGGCCAUAUCUUGGCUGCCGCCGGAGCAGAUCGAGCCGGCGGCGAUGCAGCAGAUCGUGAAGAUCGCGUCGAUGCCGUUCAUCUACAAGCACGUGGCUAUCAUGCCCGACUGCCAUGUUGGGAUGGGGGCGACGGUGGGGUCGUGCAUUCCGACCGACGGGGCAAUUAUUCCGGCGGCGGUGGGCGUGGACAUCGGGUGCGGCAUGGUGGCUGUGCGAACUCCGCUGUCUCGCGACGACCUUCCUGCGGACCUCCGCGGUAUCCGAGAGGGUAUCGAACGGCGCAUUCCGCUCAGCGCGGGCAAGUACAACCGGAGGCGGACUGGAGGCUCCCAGCUGGGUUCUCUCGGUUCGGGCAACCACUUCAUCGAGAUAACCUUGGACGAGUCGGAGGGCGUUUGGGCGUUCCUGCACUCCGGUUCGCGUGGCAUCGGCAACAAGAUCGCCAUGCAGCACAUCCGGACAGCGCAGAGGUUGAUGAAACGGGAGUCGAUUCGCCUGCCUGACCGCGAUCUGGCAUACCUGAGCGAAGGCACGGAGGAGUUCGACGAAUACAUCCGCGACCUCCGCUGGGCACAGGACUUCGCGCUCUUGAACCGAGAGGAGAUGAUGGACCGGGUGAUGACCGAACUCAGCUACACAGUCUAUGGGGAGGGCGGUCACGAGGGCGAGCUUGAGUUGGAACGCAUCCAGUGCCAUCACAACUUCACGCAGAAGGAGCGCCACUACGGCAAGGACGUGUUGGUAUCGAGGAAGGGCGCGAUCCAGGCCAAAGAGGGACAGAUGGGUCUCAUCCCCGGCUCGAUGGGCACCGCAAGUUACGUCGUGCGGGGUCUGGGCAGUGUGGAUGCGUUCGAGACGGCCCCGCACGGGGCAGGGCGACGAUUCUCACGGACGCAGGCGAGGAAGCGCUUCACCAUGGACGACUUCGACCGGGACAUGCAGGGGAUCGAGGUGCGACGUUCCAAGGAGUUCAUCGACGAGCUGCCGGGCGCUUACAAGGACAUUGACACCGUCAUGGAGCAGUCGAGGGACCUUGUCGAGAUCGUGCACACCUUCGGCCAGAUCGUCAACGUCAAGGGUGACUGA